UCGCACUCGCAUUCGCCUAAGAGAGACAGUGGAGGCCUUCUGGGUCAAUGAGUUUUAGCACAAGCCUCGAUAGCAACGCAACGGCACGGCUGAGGACGAUGUGUGCGUACCUAGGCAGAUAGGUAUAUAAUGAGAUAGAGACUAGGCGUGAGAGUUCUGCUUGCCAGGAGUGUCAACCUCAUCGAUCCGAAACAAUAAACACCAAGUUUCUCUGGACAGAUUUUCGACGUCGCGAAGUGAUCAUCCUAUACCAAUAAGCGCUUGCCUACUACGACAUCAACACGCAGACAUCCCCAGGCCAUCGUACUCUUCCCCUUCAGAUGGCCCUCACUGAGCGGGACAACAUCUCGAUCGCCGAGAUCGCCGUCUACGUGCCGGCGCUGGCCGUCGCCGGGUGGCUCGCCGCCCGCCACGGAUUCGGCCGCAACGCCGGGUGGCUCUACCUGAUCGUGUUCGCGGUCGCCCGCGUCCUCGGCGCGGCGCUGCAGCUCGGGACGCUCACGGACCCGCGGAACGCGAGCCUGUACGUCGGGGCCGCGACGCUGCGCAACGUCGGCCUGUCGCCGCUCAUCAUGGUACAGCUGGCGCUCGUCGGCCGCGCCGCCGCCGCCGCAACCACCAGCAGCGGCCCAGGCCCGAAAUCCGCCGCGGCGCCCCCGCUCGUGACCGAGAGGCACCUGCGUCUCGUCCAGCUCGUCGCGCUCGCGGGCCUCAUCCUCGGCGCUGUCGGCGGCGCCCAGGCCCCGGAGGCGCUCGGCGGGACCGGCAGAUACGAGGCGUCGGGCCUGUCGAAGGCCGGCGUGGGCCUCAUGGCGGCGGCGUACGUGCUGCUCGCGCUGGCGGCGGCGCUGGUGGCGGCGCGCAUCUCGCGCGUCGCGCCGGGCUCGCGGCGGCUCGUCCUGGCGGUGGGCGCGGCGCUGCCCUUCCUCCUCGUGCGGCUGGCCUACUCGGCCGAGGCGACGUUCGGCAACCGCCCGGAGUUCAACCCGACGCUGGGCGACCCUAGCAUCCUGCUCGGCAUGGGGGUGGUGAUGGAGAUGGUCGUGGUCGCCGUCGUCGAGGGCGUCGGCGCGACCCUGACGACUAGCUACCAGCAGCCCUCUGAACAGAGGUGGGCAGAUUUCGAGAUGAACAGAAGUUGACGGAAAUUACCCACCUAGGCGACGGGAGUAUUGCGGCAGCGGCUUAGAAGCGUGCAGGAAUACGUGUAGGCCGGAUACCUUGGCAAACCGAUUAGUUGAGAGCGGGUGGGGUUUUUGCCAGACAAGUCGGGGGGCAUAGAAUUCAGUUCUAUGUGGGUGUUUUAGUUUUAACCUGGGUAGAUAGGUAUGCACAUAAAGAGAAAUAUAC